UUUACAUGUCUUUCUCAAUGUUUUUGUGUUAGCUCUCCUGCUACUGGAAAGUAAAGUCCUCACAAAAUGGGAACGGCAGGUGCAGCACUUUGUGUUAUAUGUCUCCUUUUUGCUUCAGUAACGCGCACAGAGUCGGCGCAGAGGCAGCUGAACACGGAAAACAUCUUGAUUAACGUCACAGCGGGGACACUGGCGGACACACAGUUGCAGGGGUCCAACAACUUGCAGAUCAAUUUAAACAUAUCGGUGGGCGAAGAGCAGGUGCUGGUCAAUGACAUCCCAGUAGAGCUGUCGGGGGUCACCAGGUUCAACUGUCAGGCACUUCUCUUAGACAGCAUCAAUGGGAGCAGUGAGUUUGAAUCUGGGGACUUGGUGUCCACUGUCACCCGGGUGAUGGUGAGCCAGAACCGGCUGUACAGCGACUCAGAGGAGGUGGUGGCCCUGCAGGUGUUCAGUGAAGUCAUAGAGAUGGAAGGCAAAGAGGUCCAGCAGCCUGACAUGUGUGAGGUGAAAAUACUGAUGAGCCCAGAUUUCCAGAAGCUGGCUCAGUUCACCAACAUCUACCCCAUCGGACACAGUGAGAUCUUCAGGGUUCCCCGGGAGAACGACGUGGUUGUCACAGAUCCACCAAAUCCUAGAAAAGAUGAGGAACAGCUGAUCUCCCAGACCACCAGCCAGUACCCCCUGAAGCACACAGAGACCACCCAGGAGGAGACUGCAGCUCCGGGAAAGCUCCCAGAGACUCCGCUCCGCAUGGACCCCGACCUGCUCUAUGAUGUCAGAUACGAUGAUGAAUUUGAUGACAGAGAGCCGAGCCAGCCGGAUCAGAUUCAGAUGGAAACGCCGCCCAAAGAAUAUAUAUCAUCUUACUCAGCCAUGUGUCAGUGGGUGGAGAAAGUGAGGGAUCGUCUGAGGCGCUUCAGCUCCGAGUCACUGCCUCUUUUCUUCCUGGUCAUGUGGGUGGUGGUGAUCGGCGUCGUUGGCUCGGCGGUCAUCGUGAAGAUCUUAGACAUGUUCUUCCCAACUUGUGAACACAAGCACAUUUUUCACCUAAAUCCCGUCACUCUCAUGCCGGAGGAUGAGAAGCACACUCUGCUGGAGAACGUAGAAAUAGAGGCAGAAGAAGAAGAUGAAGAAGAAAAGAAGCCUUGAGUGAGGAUUGAUUCGGCCAGCUCCUUAAUUUUCAGUUUGUUCUUAUUCGUUCUUUAACCUUCUUUUACGGUGUUACAAAUUUUCAGCAUGGCCUGGUUUUGUCGCUAGUUUAUAUUUCAAUACGUGAACAAGUUGUUUUUGUUUUCACUUCAGUUUCGCCCUUAAAGCACAACAGUCAUGGAGCAGAAGGUGGUUUACAGAUCCCAUAUUGAUGAAAAUCCGUUUGUGGUUUUAUGCUAGUCCUGCUCAAAUUUAGUCACAUGAUUAAAAUGGGGGGAAAAAAGUGAGGGAUCCACAGUGCCGAGUCUCAGCUGUGAAGGCAGUGAGAGCUUCCAGAUCUAAUGACCUGCGUCCCUGCAAUCAGCUCCUUGUUGCACAGAAAGUUAAACUCUUUGCUCCUGAGGUUGGUCAAACAGAGUUUGGGAAAGACAUAUUCAUCAAGUCAAAAAUGACUAUAAUUUGUUACUUGCCUUUUAAAGUAACUAUGUAACAAGUCACGUUUUCCUUGAAACGACUUGUGUUCUUAUGCUUUACGCACUUCCAAAACGUCUUAGUAAUGUAGCCCAUAAUCCAAAUUUCUGGUCAUAGUCAUCUUACAGUGUAAAGCAGGAAGCAAGUGUCCUACAGAUCCAUAAGUAGGCAUGGGAUGAAAUAAAAAAUGUUAUUUCAUGAUACUAUCCUUAUAAUCAUCGCACUAAAUAUGCUUAAAGCUCGAAAAAUGGCAGCAAAACAUACUGGAAUCACUUAUGUUUUUACUGCAUCGCAGACACAUCUGUUUUAAGUUAAAAAAAAAAAAAAAACAAUCUUUAAAAGCCAGAGUUUUCAACUAGUUAAAAUAGGAUUUUAUCUUUUGAUAUGAAAUAUACCAAAUGAUUUCGAUUGUUUGUGUUUUUUUGAGUUUGGUGUAUAUUACCCAUUGACCUGUAUGUUUUUUUAGAGGCCAAUUCCAGUACAGAUCAUUACUAACCAAGGGGAAUGAUAACUGAUAUUUGGAACCGAUAUAUAUUUGCAGUUAAAAUGAAAGUCUUAGUGUUAAUAGAAAAAAUGACUUUUUUUGUUGUCAAAAAUAUAUGUAUCCCUUUGUAUCAUUCUGUGUCCCCUCUCUAAAUUCAGAGGUUUUUGUAUUUUCACGAACGCUGCACAGAUGGCAAUCAGAUCAGAUCGAUGAAUGAAAGAAGCAGCUGCUGCAAGUGGAUGCAAACUUUUAGACCCAGCAGAAUUAACGGUUCAGUUUCACUUACAAUGCGCCUGAAGUUCUGCUGCUCCGUCUGUGUCUAGAGUACACUCUGCGCUCCAAGAGGUGCAAUGCAUAACACAAUAGUAUAUUUAUAGUAUAUUUAACAGCGCUCCUCAUAAACAGUCCUUUUCCAUAAAUAGAAAAUCUGUUUGUGGUGCCAGACGUAGUCGUGGUGGGCCGCCUCAAAUAAAUGAAUGUGUGGGAAACCCUGCUAUUAGUCCUGUCACUAGUCAAUCAGAUCGAGCUGUAGGCGGGACAUUGAGUGCAGUUACAGAGUGGCGACUGCAGACAGAGACAGGCAGCUGCCUCAGAGCCAAAGAAGAGCAUUUUUAAAUGGUUAUCAGAUGAAAAAAAAAAUACAGACUCUGAUCAUAAAAAUAUUAAAUAUUGAACCUGAUAACCAACCAGGCUGAUAAUCAGUCAAUCCUUGGUGCGUAUUCAGCCUUUUUUUUUUCCAGUCUCUUUUCUUGUUGACUGCCCACAGUCUCUUUGGGUGCCGCUGGAGACAAUAAUCCCAAUUAUCUUGGUAAUGGAAAUUAUCAACAAUAAACCUAUUGCGAGUGCUUUUUUUAAAUCUUGAUUUGCGAUAAAAUCGUAUAUGGUCCCAUCCUUAUCUACAAGAUCUAUAAAAAGUCGUUUUUGGGUUGUUUUUUUUUUUAGUUCAUUGUUAUAUAGUAAAUAGUUCAAGAAUUGGGGAGACAUUCUUAUGGGGUUAUUUAGCCAUACUUUGUCAAAUAGCUAGACUACAUAUUAUAUCUUGUUUGUUUAAUAUGUAAUAAUUAUGUGCAAGACUAUCCAUGGAUUCUUUCAUCCAACUCUGAACAAAACAUAGUGUAGACGAGACGUCUUGACAGUGCUCAGAAACUAUUGCAGGCUUAGAUUAGACAACAAGCAGAUAGAAGUAUUGUAGGUUCAGCUAAUGAAUACAAACAAACUGAACACUUUAGGGGCUGCAUUCGAUGAUUUCGAGUCUUUAUGUUCACUGAGAAGACUUUCUAUAUGUAGCAGUUCUGUACAGGUCACACUUUUUUCUUGCACACUGUUUUUGCUCCAAAGUUAUACCCCGCUCCUGAAAAACAAAUGUGAAGGCAACCAAUGCACUAUAAGUCUAUUCAGUAUAUUUAUAAUAUGAGACAAGCAAUGGCACCUUUCUGUCAUCCUCUAAGUGGAGACGAUAAAGAACCCUUAAAGCCAUUUUAUUUGAAUCCAUUGUCAUAGAUUCAGAUAUAAAUGAGGUCUUAUUUAAUCCAAAAGGAAAAAGACGCAGAUCUUGUGUUUGCACAUUCAAACCUUUUUAAACUCUGAAUGUCACUACUGAAAAAAAAAACACCUUUUUUGGGCCCGCUGCCCGUUAUUGAGGCUCAGAUAUUGAUUGUCUUUCUUCACAGUGCCUCUGUGACUACCUUUGGGACUAAGUCAGUUAAGAGGGGAUUAUUUUUGAUUUCUUUGAUUUUUGUUUGUGGUUUCCUGUAACUAAUAAUGGAGAAUGUAAGUGUUUGAAUUGUCUAUGCAUUAAGAAGACAAACCACUGCUGUGACAGGACUGAUGUAAGAGACUGUGUGCACAAAGACUUGACCACAAAAGACAACGUGUAAAUGAUUGUUAAUGGAAAUAAUCUGCACUUAAGUUUUGAAUUUUGGAGUGAAAACUGGACUGCAUGGAUGUUUUUUACUUUUCUUUUUGUUUGGUUUGUAAAUCUUACAGUUGAUGGGCAAGACUGACUUACGUGAUAAAUCUUUUGGAUAUCACUCCCAAUGUUUCACUCGGCUGUGUGUGAGGGACCAAGCAGGUGGGCACAAGGCGAAAAAAAAAAAGGUAUAAAGAACGGUUAUGUGAAUCCAAACUUCAACAAAUCAAAAAAGUAUUUCAACAUGGUUUUUGUGUUAUUUGUGUUUAUUUAAAACAGCGUGUGCACCUCAGAACAGCUGAGGUGGUGAUUUUGUCUCCCCGAGGUUCAGUUACUCUACAGGAUGCAUGAUGUACUGCCUUAGCAAAAGGUGCAUGUGUAGUCUAGCUAGUGAAUGCAGUUUGCUGUUCUUUCAGCAAGUUAAACAUUAAAACUAGGGAGCAGCAUGAUGACUCAAAACAGCUCAACCUGUAUUGGAUUCAGCCUCAAAAUUCCAAAUUAAGUCGAUGCAAACAAAGUGCUGUAGAUGACACUACAUUAUCCUUUAAGGCACGCAAUAUGCCAGGCAUGAAUUCAGAUGUGUUUCUGAAGAAUAAAACAACAGAAAUAUAUUUUGAUUUGCUCUUUGUUUAAAUGGUGGUAGACCCAUGUGUUAUGAUUUUGAGACAUUUGUGUGCAUAAACUGUAUGAAUUACAGCUGGACUGUGUAUUUGGGUCUGCUGAUUAAAUGCUUUUAUGACCACCAA